AUGUCAAAGUUUUUGGAACAGAAACCGAGUGAUGUGUUUGUGAUAUUGCAGUUUGGAAGAUAUAGCUUUCAUGAAGGUAAGGCAUACGUGUCCAGUUCUUUUCAACACAGCAAUAUUUAUCUGAACGAAAGCAUUGAUGAGCUAAUUGAUUUCCAAAAGAGGUUACUUGAAAGAAGACCGGAUGUUGGUUCUUCAAGCCGUCCUUUUGGUUCAUCUCAAGCUGGCAAAACUGUUCAUGAUGAUUUUUUGGUUGGAACUGAUUUCAAGACGAUAGAUCAAGUUAAUAAAAUUCAGGAGACAAUGAAUGUGAUUGUGCUUGGUACAGUGAUAAGUUUCCCUCCUGGUGUUGAGUGGUAUUACAAUUCUUGUAAGGAUUAUAUGAAGAAGGUUAGUGUGCUGUAUUUUAUAAGUGAUGGAGAGGAUGGAUUAGAUUUAAGUGAGAAGAAGCAGACAAUUCGAUGCAUAAAUGAUGUUUACAAUGAAAAAGGUGUUUCUGUGGUUCCCCGGUUGAAACUUCAACUUAGGUUACAAGAUUCUACUGGUAUUGCAUCUUUAACUUGCUUAGAUCAUGGUGAAACGGAUAAUUUGCUACCGGAUGAAAUUAGUAAUUUCGUUGGAAAAAAGAUGGCGUUUAAGGUUGAGAUUUCUCACUUUAAUGUGAAGAAUCACUACAAGUCAUUCACUGUCAAAAGAUUUUCUGAUGAUCCUGAAAUCAUUUCUCAGCUUAAAUCAAAGAUAGGGAUUGACCAUGUUGAUCUUUCAAACACUAUGAAUCUCUCAUCUGGUGAUUGUGCAAGUGUUGAUACUGUAAAUCUGAAGGAUGAUUCUCCGAUGUCACUGAUUGGUUCAAGUGUUGGAUCAAUAUCUUUGGCUACCAAAAAUGCUGAAAAGAUAAGUGAACAUUCCGAGUUGAAGCGUAAUCUUGCUGAGUCUUAUGAUCAUGACGAGUCAGCAACAGAAGCUGCUUUAGGUUGCAAUGAAGGAUUCAACACUUAUAGCAAAGAGAAGCGCAAGACGAGAAAACAUACUGCUAACCAGAAGGAUUCUAUACCAUUGAACAAUGUUUAUGAGACUCCGGUUUCAUUGAUUGAUUCAAGUGCUGGUGGUAUGGCUUUGCGUAACAAAAGGCUAGGAAAGAUGAAGGCACAACCUGAGCUGAAGCGUGUUCUUGCGGAAGAUUAUGAUCGUGACGACUCUGGAAGUUUAAAUAAUUGCACAAAUACAACACCAUUUUCAAAUAUUACACCAAUAUCUAUUAACCCUCCCAUUUUAAACACAAACUCUACCAAUAUUGAGAGUCAUCAUAGGAGAAAGUUACAAAAAUUGUAUUUGGAUACAAGAAAGGCUAAGAACAAAGAGAAUGUCAUCAAAGAGAAUCGUUUAUGUUUAAAUAAUUCCAUGGACAAUUUUAACAGUCAACAAAGGCGAAAUUUAAGAAAGACUAUUUUGGAUAAAAGACGAUCGAAUGAAAGUGAUACUAAAAAAGACGAAUUUGUGGGCGUCUCAAAAGAUUAUGUUGAUCACUUAGAUCAAAAUGUCACUUGCCAAAUAUGUCAAGCAAAAUUAUGGGAUGUUGAAGCUCGUAGAGGGAGUACAAAAAUCCAAUUUAGUUCAAGUUAUUCAAUUUGUUGUGCAUAUGGUAAAGUUCAACUUCUUAAUAUGAAUGAAGCACCACCAAGUUAUCAAUCUCUUUUUAAUGGAUUGGACUCAAAAAGCAAGUCAUUCAUCAAGAACAUCCGUCGAUACAAUUCCAUGUUCUCAUUUACUUCCAUUGGUGGAAAAGUUGAUAAAUCCAUUAAUAGAGGCAAUGCUCCUUAUAUAUCCCGAUUGGGUGGUCAGAAUUACCAUAGAAUGGGAAGUCUUCUACUAGAGGACGGAUCUAAACCAAAAUUCUCCCAGUUUUAUAUAUAUGAUACUGACAAUGAACUUUCAAAUAGACAAUCUGCUUUUGGAGCUUCUUCAACAAAGUCUUUGGAUCUUGAUCUUCAAGUUAUACAACAUAUACAGAAUAUGUUAGACUCGGAGAAUGUUUUGGUUAAAACAUAUCGCAUGGUAAGAGAUUUUUUUAAAGAUAACUGUAAUGCUAAGCUAAAGUUGCGGCUCAUUGGAAUAAGGCAACAAGAUGGAAGAACAUACAACUUACCAACUGCUUCUGAAGUGGCAGCUUUAAUUGUUGGUGACAUUGGCGAUUCCUUAGAAAACAGAGAUAUUAUUGUAGAAACGAAAUCUGGUGGUCUACAACGUAUUAGUGAGUUACAUCCAUCGUAUCUUGCUCUCCAGUAUCCACUUUUGUUUCCUUAUGGUGAUGAUUGCUACAGAAUUGAUGUUCCUCAUAGAGGUGUUACUCCUUCUACAUCAACCAAACGAACAUAUGUCACUAUGAGAGAAUUCUUUGCAUACAGGAUACAAGAUAGGCAUGGUGUUUUUUCAUUAAUUCUAAAUUCACGUCACCUAUUUCAACAAUUCUUAGUUGAUGCGUAUACCAUGAUUGAAACUGAGCGACUAAAUUACAUACGUUUUCAACAGAAGGUUCUAAGAUGUGAUACUUUUGAGAACCUCUCGAAUUUACGUAACCAUGGUAAUAUAAAUGUAUCCAACACUGGAAAGCGUGUCAUAUUGCCUUCGUCAUUCACUGGAGGUGCUCGCUAUAUGAUGCAGAACUAUUUGGAUGCAAUGUCUCUGUGUAAGUGGUAUGGAUAUCCAAAUGUUUUUAUUACCGUGACAUGCAAUCCUAAAUGGCCUGAAAUUAAAAGAUACCUUAAGGACACCAAUUUAAGUCCUGAAGACAGGCCUGAUAUCCUCUCUAGAUUGUUUAAAAUCAAGCUCAAUGCUUUGAUUAAAGACUUGAAGGAUAACUCAAUAUUUGGCAAAGUUUCAGCAAUUGUUUAUACAGUGGAGUUUCAGAAGCGUGGGUUGCCGCAUGCGCAUAUAUGUUUAUUUAUGCAUCCCGAUCACAAGUUUCCAACUGUUGAACACAUUGAUCCCCUCAUUUCUGCUGAAAUUCCUGACUGA